CCAGCCGACACAAACGCUGUACACGCCCCUGCAGGAAUCGGCGGUGCUGAACGCGUGCAUGCACCGCUUGCUGCAGCUCCCACGCGUGGAGGCAAGAAUGACACCGGUGCUUCCGUGCAUCAAGACAGCCUGAACAUUGGAACGAAUUUGCUCACUUGCUGCGUUUAAAAGGUAGCGUAAUGGCUUCUCUUGUGGCUCGUUUAUGGACACAACUGCUGAUCGCCGCUUUUGCAUCCAGUGCGUUAUGGGGCUGCGCGCUUUCAAUCACUCGCUACUCUAUUCCGGAGGAGAUGGAAGAGGGUUCCUUUGUUGCCAACCUCGCCACCGAUUUGGGUCUAGAUGUUCGAAGCAUGGUGGAGCGCAAAGCAAAACUGGAUGUCAUUCACAGCAAAAAUUAUCUUGACAUCAACAAAGAAACCGGAGAGCUCAUCAUCCGCGAGAAGAUCGACCGGGAAAUCAUCUGCAUGACUAAAACAACCUCGUGCUUUCUAAAAAUGGAUGUCAUACUAGAAAACCCUAUUCGUAUUUUUAACAUCGAAUUGGAGAUCAUGGACAUUAAUGACAACGCGCCUGUGUUCCGGAGGAAAACCAUUUAUUUGGAUGUUUCCGAGGCAACCCCUGCCGGUGAGAGAUUCUCCUUAACAAACGCUGUAGAUGCGGAUGUUGGUGCUAAUACGAUCAAGUCUUACUAUCUCAGUGAGAGCAAAUAUUUCAACAUUGACAUACAAACGGGCAGCGAUGGAUCCAAAUAUGUCGAUCUGGUUCUGAAUGGCAAUUUGGACCGGGAGACGGACGCGGUGCAUAAUCUGAUUUUAACCGCGGUGGAUGGAGGGGUUCCUCCCCGAUCCGGCACAGCCAGUAUUAUCAUCAACGUCCUCGAUAUCAAUGACAACGCCCCCUUAUUCAGUCAGCCGGUAUUUGAAGUCAAUGUUCCGGAGAAUUCAGGUGCGGGGACGGUUGUCAUGACCCUCAAUGCAACAGAUUUGGAUGAAGGCUCAAACGCACGGUUGCUAUAUUCUUAUACUCUCUACACUUCUGAGAAGACCCAGGAGCUCUUCUCGCUUGACCGACAUUCAGGCGAGAUCAAGGUAAAGGGCCCUGUUGAUUUUGAGGAGAAUCAGAAUUUUGAGAUGCACAUACAAGCUCAAGACGAAGGGUCAACGCCACUGUUGGGACACUGCAAAGUGAUGGUGUCCAUCACGGAUUUGAAUGAUAACUACCCCGAGCUGACAAUCAAGUCUCUAAAAAGCGCAGUGGCCGAGAACACGGCCGUGGGGACGAUGAUUGCCGUGGUCAGCGUCAGCGACAGGGACUCCGGAAUCAACGGGAAAGUGCUGCUCACUUUAAGUCAGCAGGAAACCCUGCCCUUCAUUCUCAAUCGAUCCUCGGGGGGUUACUUUGAGCUCUUGGUUUCAAAGCCACUGGACAGGGAGCUACAGAGCAAAUAUGAAAUCACCCUGAAGGUGACGGACAAAGGGAUGCCGCCGUUAACCGAAAGUGAGACGUUCACUUUAGAGAUUCAUGAUAUCAAUGACAAUGCGCCCACUUUCCCUCAGUCCUUUUACACCAUUCACGUUCUGGAGAAUAAUCUGCCGGGAGCGUUGCUGACGUCUCUAAGUGCGUUUGACCCAGAUCUGAGUGAGAACCAAUACUUGGUAUAUUUCAUAAUGGAGAAAGAGAUAGCGAACACAUCCGUGUCAAUGCUGUUCUCCAUCAAUCCAGAAAACGGUGACCUGUACGCCUUGAAGACCUUUGAUUUCGAACGAGAGAGGGAGUAUCUUUUCCACAUUGAGGCGAGGGACUCCGGCGUCCCCCCACUGAGCAGCAACGUUACCGUUCAUAUCAUCAUUUUGGAUCAAAAUGACAACACCCCUGUCAUAGUGUCACCGUGGCGGGCGCAAGGCUCCGUCGUGGAGCAGGUGAUACCGAGGUCGACGGAUAAGGGACAUUUAGUGGCCAAAGUGAUUGCCAUCGACGCAGACUCCGAACAGAACGGCAGGGUCACGUAUCAGCUCUUACAAAUCAGUGACACCACCCUCUUCAGUCUCGAUCAAUACAACGGUGAGAUCCGGACGACGAGAAUGUUCAGCUACAGAGACCCCCGGCAACAACGUCUCGUCAUUGUGGCGAAAGACAACGGCAACCCCGCUCUCUCGACCUCGGUCACCAUCAAAAUAUCCACAGUGGAACGCUCCAUGGCAUUUUCGGAGACAACGGAAUUGCCACUCGAGUAUGACGUCUUCACAGACCUCAACUUAUAUUUAGUCAUCGGUUUAGGAGCCGUGUCCUUCAUGCUGCUCAUUACCAUCUUGGUUAUUAUUGUGCUGAAGUGUCAAAAACCCAAGCCAAAGCCCAUCAAGAUUCCCCCAGCUAAUCGGAACAGUGUGAUCAGCAGGAACAGUGUGAUCAGCCAACGGAGCUCCACCAUUGCGGACUCCACCUUGAUCUCCAGCGACGCCUACUGGUACAGUCUGUUUCUCGCAGAGACCAGGAAAGGCAAAGUCGUCGUGAGACAGCCCAUAAUUCCCAAAGGAGCUGGCUACUUCGUGUCCAGUAUACCCAGGAGCAUCGGGCCGAGUGAGACCACGGAUUCCAGAGCAUCCACGCUGGAGUACUCAAAAUGAAAAGAAGUCUAUUCUACACCUGGAGCAGGCAACCAGAAGAGAACUGCCGUGAUAUAAUCAUCUCUUCCUGGCAGUCAUUGACUCGUACAACAGAUGUAAAACAUUUUUCCUUGAGCCUCUCCAAAAGCCAACUUUUCUAUCUUUCAACUCUCCGAACGUUGUCACUAGCUAGAUAGGCAAGUCGAUCCUGCAUACUUCGAUUCAUCCACCGAGAGAUGUCACAGAAUCAUCCUCAAUGCAUUCAGCUUCGCCCCCCCCCCCCCCUGAUCUUCUAUUUACAGCAUGAAUCUGCAUGAUUCUAAAAUAUGUGUCAUUUGGACAAAGAAUUUAAAAGAUUCGCCCAAACAUGAGUUAAGUCGCCAAUUGUCAUACCCCUUUCAAUGCAAACUCAACGGGUUCAGUUGCUGUUCUCUCUUUCAGGACAGAAGCAGAAACAAAACAGUAGCAAAACACGCAGAAUCAAUUAGAAUCAGGGUGAAAUAUGAUUCUGCCGAUUUAAUGAGUGAAAUGUAUCAGGGUCAUCUCGUUCAUGCUUUUGAAUGCGGGGCGGUUUUUCCUUCCAAAUGACAUUUUGACUGUUUUACGUGAGGAGCUGUGGUCCAAUAUCGCUCCUGUUGUCAAAUGGUGAUUUGACGUUCUGCGAUAUUGUACUCAAUCGUGACAAAGGUGUAAAAAAAAUGAAAGAUCACAAGUGGGAAAAGGUUGGGUUUUUGCGUGUCUGUGGUCGGCUGUAUUUCAUAACAUUUUGAAUGCUUUCAGUAUCAAGUGGAUAAUUUAUUGGCAUCUGGACUGUUAGUCUGAACAGCCAUUUCUUCGUAUUUAUCUGUAUUUUGGGGACAAAUUACAUGAGAUCAUCUUUAUUCAUUUUUAAAAUAUUGCAUUUGAGGAAAUAUGAAAUUAAAUGAGGAGUGUGGAUUGUACAUUCACAAAUACUGAUCCAUACCACUGCAUCAAAAAAAAAUGGCUGUUCAUUUUUUUUCUAUAAAUAAAAUAAGCUGACCAAACUGGCAAUAAAACACAAACUGCAAA